CUAUUAUCAAAGCCAAGGCCCGCGAAAGAAGAAAGAGGCGAAAGGGUCCGGAGACAGCACUGGGAAAAUUAGGGUUUUGUUGAAGAACAAUCGAAUUACCUUCUCUGCUAGGGUUUUGCUCGAUUUAACAUCGCAAACCAGAUAGAUAGUAAAACAAUCAUCUGGCUAUUGUUUUUGGACUACUGCCAGUAUCUAAAUUUCAACAAAUUCACUACUUCAUUAUAGUUAUAUUUUUUCACCUGCUGAGUAUCAUCAUCCUCUUGAUUAUCAUUCGUGAUUCUCUCUGCCUGUCUCUAUAGCAAUUGUUACUUUUAUCAUAACCCUUGGUUGUUAUCAUUCACAUUGCAACUCCUUGGAUCCAUAUUCUUAUGGCAAAAGUUCAGUUGAGAUUCUUACUCUGCAACUCCAUUUGGCCUCUCAUUUUGUUUCCACCUUUCCAUACUUGUACUCUUCCUUCUGUGAAUGCUUCUGGCUUCUGUGCUUCAUUCACAGUUGCCUCGCAAGCUUCUUUGCUUAGACACAUACGAUGCCGAGGACAAGUGGAAGUGCUGUUGAUGCUGAUAAACCAGAUGAAUCUGAAAAUCUUGCGGAAUCUGAAGAAGGGGUUGACCUUGAUGGUGAUAAUGAAGCAGAGGAGACAAUGGAAGAAGAGGUUGAAUAUGAAGAGGUAGAGGAAGAGGAGGAAGUGGAGGAGAUAGAAGAAGAGGAAGAGGUAGAAGAGGAGGUGGAGGAAGAGGAAGAAAUUGAGGAGGGUGCUAAUGAGGCUGAUGAACAAAAACACUCAGACAAUGAAGAUGACAAACAAAAGCAUGCUGAGCUUCUUGCACUCCCUCCUCAUGGAUCAGAGGUAUACCUUGGUGGCCUUCCCCAUGAUGCUACUGAAGAGGAUCUCAAGAGAUUUUGCGAAUCCAUAGGAGAAGUCACAGAAGUAAGGAUAAUGAAGGGCAAAGAUUCAGGUGAGGCCAAAGGUUAUGCUUUUGUGACCUUCAGAUCAAAGGAGCUAGCCUCCAAGGCCAUUGAAGAGCUGAACAAUACUGAGCUUAAGGGGAAGAAGAUAAGAUGUUCAACAUCUCAAGCAAAUCAUCGGUUGUUUAUCGGCAAUGUUCCAAGAAGCUGGGAAGAGGAAGAUAUGAAGAAGGUUGUACAAAAGAUUGGUCCGGGGGUAAUUUCUGUGGAAUUAUUGAAGGAUCCACAGAACUCUAGCAGGAACCGUGGAUUUGCUUUCAUCGAGUAUUACAAUCAUUCUUGUGCAGAAUACUCUAGAAAAAAGAUGUCAAACCCUAAAUUUAAACUUGAUGAUAAUGCUCCGACAGUGAGUUGGGCUGACCCUAAAAAUGCUGGAUCUUCAGCUGCUUCUCAGGUUAAGGCAGUUUAUGUCAAGAACUUGCCAAAAGAUAUUACUCAGGAUCGCUUAAGGCAGCUUUUUGAACGCCAUGGAAAAGUGACUAAAGUGGUUCUCCCUCCUGCAAAAGCAGGCCAUGAGAAGAGCAGAUUUGGUUUUGUGCACUUUGCAGAGAGGUCGAGUGCUAUGAAGGCAUUGAAGAACACUGAGAAAUAUGAAAUUGAUGGCCAAGUUUUGGAUUGCUCCCUUGCAAAGCCUCAAGCAGAUCAGAAGUCUUCUGGAGGGCCAAAUUCACAGAAAUCUGUCUUGCAUCCAACAUUCCCGCCUCGUCUUGGUUAUGGUGUAGUUGAAGGUACCUAUGGUGCUUUAGGUGGAUAUGGUGCUGCUGGCUUUGCACAACCAAUGAUCUAUGGUAGGGGACCGACUCCUACUGGUAUGGCAAUGAUGCCAAUGCUUUUACCUGAUGGAAGGAUUGGAUAUGUCUUGCAACAGCCUGGAAUGCAACAACACACACCUCCACCACAGCCUCGGACUGGCAGGGGUGGUGGAGCUGGUAGCUCAAGUGGUGGAAGACGUAGCAAUGAGAGUGGUCGUGGACGCAGCCGAGUGCUUUCUACAUAUUAGCGGAGCCUAAUGCGCUGCAAUCAAACUAAAAAACUAGUAUGGAGGCGAGCAGAUGUACUAACAAGCAAUGGCCCUUGCACAGCUCAACUGAUUGCUUAUUUGCUUUCAGGACAGAACUCCUGGAUAGUAGUCUGUGAAGGCUAAAUUGUACUUGUGUAAACUGAUUGAAUUUUUAUUUGUGCCAACAAAGUCGAUGAGAACUAGUUUUUGCAAUAUUGGUUACAGUAAAUAUCAAAUUUUGUUUCAAUGUUUGCUCUGGAUUAAA